AUGGAAGAUUUGACAAAGGUGAAAGAUUUGACGAUUCAAAAUUGUGAGGAGCUUGUGCCUUUGUGGUCAAAUGAUGUGGGAUUGCUAAAAAAUCUACCAUGUCUUCAUCUUCUGAGGAUUUCUGAUUGUCCCAAACUAGUUUCUUUAGUGACAAAAGAAGUGGAACAACAGCUACAAUUGGGUUUGCCAUCUAAACUUAAAGCAAUUGAGAUAACAGAUUGCUCGGUCCUGAAAUCUUUACCCAAGCCAAUGAUGUGCAACAACAUGUAUGUUGAGUCUAUUUAUAUUAGUGGCUGUACUUCACUGGCGUACUUUGCAAUAAGCCAACUACCUCCAACUCUAAAGCGACUAUGGAUAGCUCACUGUAAUAUGCUGGUUUUGGUGGAUGGUGAUGAUGUCAACAAUUGCAGUAGUAACACAUCUCUUCUUAAGUUUUUGCAUAUUGAUGAUUGUCCAUCCCUCAUAUCCUUAACGUCAACCGAAGAAUUACCUGCAACACUUAAAGAACUCGAAAUUCUAGAUUGUAAGAAGCUGGAGUCAAUAGCGAAGAGCUUCCAUCACAACUUGUCUCUUGAAGUCAUUCGUAUCCAUUCUUGUCAGAACCUUAAAUCCUUACCAAUGGGCAUACAGAGCCUCUGCCAUCUAGAUAAGAUUUUUAUUUUCAAUUGUCAAACUCUUGGUUCGUUCCCUAACAAAGGGUUGCUCCCUGCCAACCUGAGAUCUCUUGGGAUUAGCGAAUGUGAGAAAAUGCAGGUCCUGCCCAACUGCAUACUAAACCUCACCUCUUUUCAAAAUUUGUCGAUUAGAAAAUGUCCAAACAUUAAUGUAUCCUUUUCGGAAGUUGGUUUUCCAACCAACCUAACAUCACUUUCUAUCGAUGAUAUGGUGUUGUUUAAUGAGACCUUUUUUUAG